AAACACAUACUUUUCUUAACAAUGUCUUCAAAAUUUUUAGAAGAAUUAUCAAAUGAUUAUGAAAAACUUUUCGAAACUGAAAUAGGAUAUGAUGUUAUUAUUUAUGCUGGAGAUGAACUAAAUGUUAAAGAAAUCCAUGCUCAUUCAAAUAUUUUAUGUAUUAGAUCAAAAUAUUUUCGUACAGCAUUUUCUAAUGAAUGGGCUGAAAAAAAAGAUGGAAAAUUUAUUUUAAAAAAACCAAAUAUUUCGCCUCAUUUAUUUGACAUCAUUCUUAGGUUUAUUUACAGUGGAAAUAUUGAAUUGAAAAAUUUACAAGGACCAGAUGUAUUGAAAUUGUUAAUAGCCGUGGACGAAUUAAAUAUUCAACAAUUAAUUUCUCAUAUUCAAGAAUAUUUGAUUAAACAUCAAACUGAAUUUUUGCAUCAAAAUCCAGCUGGCAUUCUUGAAACUGUCUAUCAACAUGAAACAUUUACAGAUUUAUGGAAUUUUUGUCUUGAAAAGAUUUGUGAAGAUCCUAAAAUUUUAUUUAAUUCUGACAAAUUUGUUAAUUUAAAAGCACCUUUAUUGGAAUUGUUAUUAAAAAGGGAAGAUUUAAACAUGGAUGAAAUUAAGAUUUGGGAAAGUUUAUUGAAAUGGUGUUUUGCUCAACAAAAUAUGGAAAAUAAUCCAGCAAAAUGGAACAAAGAUGAUAUGACAAGAAUUGAACGGUCGUUACACAAGUUUAUUCCACUAAUUAGAUUUUAUGAUAUUGAACCUACAGAUUUCUUUUAUAAAGUUUAUAAUUAUAAAGAUAUCUUACCACAAGACUUAAUUCAUGAUCUCUUAGAAUAUCAUGUUGUUCCUAAUAUGAAACCUAAAACUAAUUUAGCCCCAUCAAGAAAAUCAAAUUUAAAAAUUAAACUUGAUUCAACCAUAAUUCAAUCAAACCACAUCCCCCUUUUAGCUUCAUGGAUUGAUAGAAAUGAUUCUUCAUAUUACAAUAACAAAAAUAUUACCUAUGAUUUCAAAUUAUUAUAUCGUUCAGGUCGGGAUGGAUUUAAUGCUAAAUCAUUUCAUAGAAAUUGUGAUAAUAAAGGAGCUACUAUUUGGGUAGCAAAAUUUCAAGGUUCGACACAAUUAAUUGGAGGAUAUAAUCCAUUAGAUUGGAAUGGAUAUGGUUUUAAAUAUACAGCAGAUAGUUUUCUAUUUAACUUUACAGAUGGAAAUAAUAUUUCUACUGCAAAAUUAGGCUAUGUUAAAAAGCCAAAUAAUGCUAUUUUUUGUUCUAAUGACCAAGGUCCACACAUGGGUAUUUUCCUAUGUUAUGGUAACAACGAAUGGAAAAAUCAUGAUAAUAAUGCUACUUACUAUCCUGAUAUAGGCAUUCCAAAUACUUUAAAUACUCCUAAUUUUGCAGUAGAGAAUUAUGAAGUAUUUCAAGUAGUUAUAAAAUAGUUAUAAAUUUUAAAAGAAAAAAUUUAACUUCAAGAUUAAGAGUUAUAAUUAUAGGACCCAUAAAUAUAUAUAUAAGGGUAGCAAUUUACUAAUAAAUUUUCGAAUUCUUAAUACUGAUUUGUGAAACAUAAGAUUUGGAUAUUUUGACAUGUUUAAUAAGCAAUUAACCAUCUUCAAGUAUGGGCGUCUUCACAAAAAACGUGAUUGAG